ACCUCCGCUGGUGUCCUGUAGGAGGCGGUGCAGCAGGGCUUCUGUCCAUGGUGCUGAAGAUUCGGCUGGCUCUGUCCGGGGUGCUGAGCGGCUCCGGGGUGCUGGGCUCAGUGUGCGGCUGCAGUCGGUCCGUCCGGUCCUCUCUGAUGUUCGGCUGCUCUGUUGUGGUCGUAGUGAGCGGAUUGAUCAAGUAACCGUUUGUCUGCCAUGUCGGUGCAGAGGGGGAGGGGAGGACAGUAGACUGAGCGCAAGCAGAAAAUGAGUUCAAAGGUCAGAUGCUAACAGUGCAACAGAGGAGAGCCAGUCAACUCAGUGACAAAAUGAGUCAAGACACUACAGAACCACGAACACGAACCCGCUCCAAAGGCAUCCGGGGGACAUCAGAACUGGUGGGACAAGAGAUGAAGCAGGAGUUAAAUAGCACUUGUCCCACGCCUGGAUGUGAUGGCAAAGGCCACGUCAGUGGAAGAUACUCACGACAUAGAAGCAUACUUGGGUGCCCAAUUGUGAAGAAAAGGAAGCUAGAGGAAGCUGAGGCCGAGGAGAACCAGUCUGCUCCCAAGAGGAAGAACCAAUCUGUCAAACAGGCAACAGAUGAAGGUACCACUGCAGACAGUGACACAGCCGAAGAGGAGGAGGAACAGAAAGAAGAGGAAGGGAAGGAGGAAGAAGACAUAAAAGACAAGAAGAAAAACAAAAUAAAAGGCAAGCCAGAGUCAUUAAAAACUGAUUGCUCACUGGUGAACACAGCAGACACAGAAAUAGCAGUUUGUCCUCUGGCCGACGAGAACAAGAACAAAAGCGUCACCUCAGGGACUGAGAACAAAAGUGAAAGUGAGAAUACUAGUGAGGAAGAGAAGCCAAUAUUGCUCACUGAUGACCACCAGCAGGAGGACACAGAGACGAAGGACGAAGAGGAUGCUCAGCUGGUGACACAGGAGCCACCAUCAGAGCAACCUGCAGAGGAAACGGGUGUUAGUGAGAUUAAAGAGACAAAUGAGGAGGAAAAGAAUGAAGCAACAGAAGUAAAGGAAGAGGAAGAACUGCAAGAAAAACAAGAGGAUAUUUUCGAGGAGAGAGAGGUGGAAAGACAGAUGAUAAGCAAGGAAAAUUCUGAUCACCAGUACUCAAGUGGAGAUUACAACCAUCAGGCCAAAGAAUCAAACCGGGAACAGAGUGAGAGGGUUGAGCAGGAUGAGGAAGAAGAUGAGGAGCAGCAGGACGAGGAAGAGGAGGAUGAAGAGGAAGAGGAGGGAGCAGAGAGGGAUGUCCUCCAAGAGAAUUACAGACCUUACACUUUGAGUCCAUGCACUCAGGGAUCUGAAGCCGAGGUGCUACUCAGGGAAGUAAAGGUUAGCACCCCCAUGACUGAGGAAGAAGAGGAAUAUGAAGAGCAGGAAGAGGAGAGAGAAGAAGGGGAGGAUGAGAUGCAGGGAAAAGAAGAAGGUGAGGUACUGGAAGAGGAGGAGGAAGAGGAGGAUUCCAGCAAGGCAUCUCCAACUACUGUGGUUAUCGAAGUCCACUCUGAGGAGGAUGAUGAUGAGGAAGAUGAGGAGGAGGAAGAAGAGGAGGAGGAAGAGGAGGAAGAGGUUGAGGAAGGUGACGAGCAAGAUCGUAUCUCAGAAGGUUCAGGAAUCACAGAUGACUCAGAGAAUUGGGAUAUGACUCGGGGCAACCUGGGGUUGCUGGAGCAGGCUAUCGCACUGAAGGCAGAGGAGGUGAAGGGAGGUCAGGAGAUCCGCAGCUCCCCAGACUACCAACCAUUCAGCACCUCCAGCAAAAGCUCUGAGGCUGUUGCUGUGGCACGCCGCACCACUCACUACAGUAAAGAAAAGAAGGAAGUGAAGUGUCCAACCCCAGGAUGUGAUGGGACAGGUCAUGUGACUGGGCUGUACCCUCAUCAUCGCAGUCUGUCUGGAUGUCCUCACAAAGACCGAAUCCCCCCAGAGAUCCUGGCCAUGCAUGAGAACGUCUUGAAGUGUCCUACUCCUGGCUGCACAGGCCAAGGGCAUGUCAACAGCAACCGCAACACACACCGCAGUCUGUCUGGCUGUCCAAUCGCAGCAGCAGCUAAGCUGAACAAGAACCAGGACAAACAGGUUCAUUUACAGGCUUCAGCCAGCGAACCCUCUUCCAACUCUGACAGAGUGCUCAGGCCCAUGUGUUUUGUGAAACAGCUAGAGAUCCCUCAGUACGGCAGCUACCGGCCCAACACGGUGACCACCACGCCUCGAGCUAAUCUAGCCAAGGAGCUGGAGAAAUACUCCAAGGUGUCUUUUGACUAUGCAAGCUUUGAUGUCCAGGUGUUUGGAAAGCGUAUGCUCAUUCCAAAGACACCCAGCACAGCUGAAACAUCACCUAAAGCCUUCAAAUCUAAAUCAUUCCCCAAGGCAUCCUCCCCAAGUCACAGUGCGUCGGGAGGCUUUUCUAAGAGCACCUUGUCCUCCAGUGGUUAUGACUAUAGCCAAGAUGCAGAGGCAGCCCACAUGGCAGCAACAGCCAUCCUCAACCUGUCCACUCGCUGCUGGGAGAGACCAGAGGCUCUGAGCACCAAACCCAAGGACCCCUGCACCAAGGAGUCAGAUAUUGAGGUGGAUGAGAAUGGCACCUUGGACCUCAGCAUGAAGAAGACCAAUAGGGAGAUCAUGCAGUCUCCCGAGCCUUCAUCCUCUUCAUCUUCCUCCUCUCAACAUAUGGGAGCCACCUUGUCUCAGGGCCAUUCUCAGCCAGACUGGGAGGGGCCACUAGACUUCACCAAACCAACUGGAGUCAAGGAGGAAGACCAUGAGGAGGUGGAGUAUGCAGCCCCCUCAUACACUUCAUCUGAGGGUGAGGAAGAGGACCAGGAGAACCUGGAGGACAGGAAGUACCCUGGUGAGGUCACCACCAGCAGCUUCAAGGUCAAGUUUCAGCCCAAAGACAGCAAAAAAGAGGUUCUUGUAUGUCCCACCCCAGGCUGUGAUGGCAGUGGACACAUCACUGGUAAUUACGCAUCACAUCGAAGUCUGUCAGGCUGUCCUCUUGCUGAUAAAUCACUUCGGACCCUCAUGGCUGCCCACACAGCUGAACUAAAGUGUCCGACUCCGGGCUGUGAUGGAUCAGGCCACAUCACUGGAAACUACGCUUCACACAGAAGUUUGUCUGGAUGUCCUCGAGCCAAGAAAGGUGGACUUAAAUCAACCCCUACCAAGGAUGACAAAGAAGACUCUGAACUGUUGAGGUGUCCUGUUCCUGGCUGUGACAGUCUAGGUCAUAUCAGUGGGAAGUAUGCCACCCACCGCAGUGCCUAUGGCUGUCCGCUGGCAGCACGUCGACAGAAGGAAGGCCUUCUUAAUGGCACUCCCUUCUCCUGGAAGGCCUUCAAGACCGAAGGCCCAACCUGCCCGACACCAGGCUGUGACGGCUCUGGUCACGCUAAUGGCAGCUUCCUGACACACCGCAGCCUGUCAGGUUGUCCCAGAGCAUCAGCCAACAAGAAGAGAGCCAAGUUCCCUGGAGAUGAGUAUAUCACUGCAAAGUUCAGAGCCAGCGACGUUUUGGACAACGAUGAGGACAUUAAGCAGCUCAACAAAGAGAUCAAUGAGCUAAGUGAGUCCAACUCGGAGAUGGAGGCCGACAUGAUGAACCUGCACACUCAGAUUUCUUCAAUGGAGAAGAACCUAAAGAGCAUAGAGGAGGAGAAUAAACAGAUUGAAGAGAGGAAUGAAGCCUUGUUCCUGGAGCUAUCUGGCCUCAGCCAGGCUUUGAUCCACAGUUUAGCAAACAUCCGCCUGCCCACCAUGCAGGAGCCGCUGUCAGAGCAGAACUUUGAUAGCUAUGUGGAGACCCUGACACACAUGUUUACCAAUAAAGAUUGCUACCAGAACCCUGAGAACCGAGCUCUGCUAGAGUCCAUCAACCAGGCCGUAAAGGGCAUUGAGGUGUGACAGAUUAAAAGAGGGCGUGAAGCAGAGCAUCACAUUGACACCAAUCUUUCUUUCCAAACCCUUUAGAUACUGUAUGUAAUUAAUUCUUCUCAUUUGGAACUUUGUCCUUUGUUUUUGCAUUUGUUUCAUUUUUGCAUGUUGCUUUAUGACGGUAUGAGCGUGAACAGAUCUAAAGUAUGUGACAGCACACUGGAAUCAAAAUGCUACUGUCAGCAAGGGUAUCUAAAGGUAUACACAGACAGGUACAGAGAGUGCAGAACAAAGUUAGGAGUGCAGUAUACAGCCUAAGCUGAACAGAUUCUUAGUUAGUAAACAUAUUCCAUCUCCACUCAAUAAUGUUGAUAGUAUUCUAUAUGAGCAUAGUGAUGUUGCACCUCAAGGACUAGUUUGUAGAUUCAUUCUUACUAUUGCUGUGUAACUAUUCAAGUCCUUUGCAACUGUCCGUUUAAUAACUUACUUACUCAUGUCUGCUGUUUUAUUUUUAUUUUGACUAUUUAUUUUUAAUUUCAAAAUGCUACCUGUGAAGAUUUUAAACAGUAACCAAUAGAAGGGAAUCAUUUCCUCUGCAUUGUUGAACCAAGAGGAAAUAUUUUAAGAUAUCAACUAUGAAUUGUUUUAUAUAUCUUAUUAUUUAUUUAAAAAUACUGGGAUCUUUUUAAGUGCAAAUAUUUUGUAACUGAAAGGUUUUUAAUAAUUUUCUAAGGAUUUUUUUUGAUGCUUCCGUUUAUAUGAUUUCCUUUUUAUUUCCACAAACUAUUUUGUGUACACUGCAAUACACUAGAAAAAUUGAGCUGCGCAUAUUUGUUAUUUAUUUGGUGAUGACAAAGUGAUGGUGAAUAUUUAUUUUGUAUUGUCUGUGUUAAUGAUGGCUGUGUAUGGAUUAGUAUUUAAGUUGCUCUUGAAAUAAAAGUUAACCCACAGUAAAUGUGGACAGGA